AUUAUCAUUUGGUUUUCGCUUUCAACAACGCGGCCCGUCAUAUUGUUGCUUAUUAAGCGAUUGUUUUAUGAGAGAUAUCAGUAUGGUGUAUUAUGAGUUCUUACGAACAAGGUUCGUUUUAAGUAUUGUAGUUUUAUUGUUAUUUCAUAGUGCGACUUGUGAAAUAGACCCAGUAAUAAAUACACCGCUUGGACUUAUACGAGGAUAUCAUAUGAAAACACAAUCAGGCAGAAGUAUAUCUGCAUUCACUUCGAUACCAUUUGCCUUACCUCCUGUUGGAAAUUUGAGAUUCAAGGCACCUGUGCCCGUUGAACCAUGGUCCGGGGAACUAGAUGGGACAAAGCAGGUUCCCGCUUGUAUUCAAAGAAAUCCUUAUAUACGACAAAAAGAGAUUGUGGGACAAGAAGAUUGUUUGUAUCUUAACGUUUACACACCGUACACAAGUAAUGAUUUGCUGGAAAUAACUAAACCUUUACCGGUUAUGAUGUUUAUUCACGGUGGAGGUUGGAUGUGUGGAGAUUCCACCACUGAGAUGUAUGGCCCAGAGUAUCUGUUGGAUCAUGAUGUUGUUCUCGUUACAACCAAUUAUAGACUGGGUCCCCUUGGUUUCCUUUCAACAAAAGACGAGCAUUGUCCAGGCAACAACGGUUUGAAAGAUCAGCAAGAGGCUUUGAGAUUCAUUAGAAAAACAAUAGAGAGUUUUGGCGGUGACAAAAAUUCUGUGACUAUAUUUGGUGAAAGUGCUGGUGGUGCAAGUGUCCAUUACCACAUGCUAUCUAAAACAAGUGCAGGAUUGUUUCAUAAAGCGAUAUCGGAGUCAGGAACGGCUAUGGUCCCUUGGGCAGAGCAGUCUCCCGGAGAGGCAGAACGAAACGCCUACCUUCUUGGAAAAUUCGUUGGAUGUCCAAAUGAGGACUCAAAGUCUCUUAUUGAAUGCCUCAGAACUAAAGAUAGCUACGACUUAAUCAAUACAGAAUUCCAAUUUUAUAAAUGGGAUUAUGAACCUAUGACACCCUUUAAAGCGGUUGUUGAGCCUGACCUUCCGGGUGCUUUCCUAACUAAGCAUGUUCGACAAAUUAAUGGAGACAUUUAUUCUGUGCCUUGGUUAACUGGUUUAACCGAAAAUGAAGGAUGCUUAAAAUCAGUUUGGAUAACAACAAACGAGACUAGAUUCCAAGAAUUUAUGGAGAAGUUCAACAUGAUCGCUCCUGUCACUUUUUAUUAUAAUUCAGCCCCAGAACAAGAAAAAAUAACUAAGAUCAUUCAAGACUAUUACCUCAAUGAUCCAAACCUUGAAGCCAUCAAACAGGGUAUAUUAAACAUUUAUACUGAUUGUUACUUUGCAUAUCCCAUGGUGGAAGCUGUGGCUGAUGUACUUAAACAUGGAAGUUCUCCUGUGUACCUGUAUGAGUUGACUUAUAGAGCUACUAAUAGUUUUUCACAAAUAUUCGGCGAUCCUGAAGGAAAUUAUGGUGUGUGUCACGCCGACGAUUUGAUGCAUCUUUUCCCGAUUAGUUUUUUGACAAAGCCUUUUUCUGCUAAAGACAAAGAAGUCGGAAAUCUCAUAAGAGCUAUGUGGACUAAUUUCGCCAAAACAGGAAAUCCCAAUGAACCAGUCAAAAUAUCAACCGAAUGGAAUAUGGCUUCCCCCGAAUUCGAUUAUUUGGAUAUCGGAAAUGAGUUAAUUAUGAAGAAGAAUUUGGGAUCACGUUCGAAACUUUGGGGAUCGUUACCUCUUUGGUAUAAUAAACAUGUAAAUUAUAGACAUCCUGAUGAAUUAUAAAAUUGACUAAGAAUAUAUAAAUAAGAAUUAAAUAUAGUUACCUAUUAUACCUAAUAGUUAUCUAAUGAAGAAACAAUGAAUCACGAUACAUAUUCAAGUUUGCAUACCAACUAUAAGAAAACUGUAAAGAUGUAAAUGC